AAAGAGAAACAUGCACGUACAAUGUGGUCGUUAAAUGUGUGGUUGAGAUUUUGAUCCGUGAAAAAUGAGUUGGAUGCUCUCCAUCUCCGUGGCUGCAGCUCUGCUGGCUCUCUGUAGAGGAGAAAACACUGUGAAUGAAGGAAAUAGCCUGUCUCCGGCUGGGUACCAUCUAUGUAUUCAUAAUAAGACAAGGAAAGUGACGUACCUGGCGGUGCACAAGGACCCCUAUACUGUGACACAGCCAUGUGGCGGCUGGCUGCCUCUACAGACAUGUACAGUCACACUUUACAGGAUGACCCAGCGCACCGAGUACAAGACGGUGGUGGAGCAGGCGACCAGGUGCUGCGACGACUACGUCCAAGUUGGUCGUUACUGUGCCCUCCCUGUAAACAGGAGCAGGGAGUUCACUGCCAAGCCAGGAUCCUGUCCGGGUGGGGUUGGAUCGUAUCCUGGAUGUCAGGUCUGCGAGUGGGACAUGGACUGCCCAGGAUGGCAAAAAUGCUGCCAGACAUCGGAUCGCUCCCUCUGCUGUGAGCCUGCAAGCUCCACAAAUUAUUCUGAGAAUGGAGGAUACCGUUUCAAUGCAACGGUGACAGUGAAGGCAGAUUACGAGCUGCUGAUGUCCAGUGCCAGAGGACAUCUGAAUCACACGAGACUGCUACAAGCGAUGGUGACUGGAGCUCUGGAGUCUGAUGUGUCGGUUUAUUACCUCAGCACGUGGCCUGUGCACCCCUACAGGACCGCCACCUCGCUGCUGAUCGACGGCAACUUUCCUCUGUCACUGCACAAUGUCACGUCGCAGCUGCAUCUCCUCCUCAAACACAUACAGGAGGUGUCGUCUGUGACAGUGGAAGAUGUAGAUGAGUGCGCACACCCGGCUCUCCGUCAGUGUUCGCCUCAUGCAGACUGUAACAACACAGUGGGCUCCUACUAUUGCACCUGCCACCAAGGAUAUAUGGAUGUUGACCCCAGCAACCCUGGAGCCAAUUGUACAGCUGACAUCAGCGUGUCGACCACCACGGAGCCCCCGCUUACCUACCUACCACCCAUGAGCCCGACGCCCACCCCGGCCUCCAACACCACACAGGACCCUCAGGGCUUCAGCACCACAGGUCUCCUCAGCACCGCCGAGACCAGCGUGACUGCAGCUCUGGGCAAUGCGAGCUUUGUCCCUUACAAUUCAUCACAUGCUCCGCAGUGGACAGCUUCUGCAUUUUACACCAGCAUGAGCUCAACGACCACAUGCUCUCCUCCCAGCAUCACCAGAAUAUGGUCGACACAUGUCAAUGGAACCUCCUUCUGUAUCUACUGGUCCAGCGGGUCUGAGACGAACCAGACUUACCAGGUCGCGUUAAGCGACGGGUCAGGGGUCAUUCAACACUGGGAAACCGGUCAGACGAUGGUGAAGGUGUCGGGACUGAGGCCUGGGGUGCUCUACCAUGCCACUGUCACACCUUUUGCCUGUGGAGGCCAAGGAAACACCCUCCAUAUGUCGGUCAGGACCGAUGCUCAGACACUUGACGCCACAGCACGACUUACCAACAUCAAUUUCACUGCUGAGCUGCACAACACCAGCAGCCAGGCCUACAGAAGCCUCACUGAGAGCAUUACAGAUGAGAUCUACCAGUCUCUGUCUCCGGAGAUGAAGGCCAUGGUGGAUUCAGGCUACGUGAGAAUUCAAAUCACAGGUUUCUCCCCGGGGAGCGUGGUGGUCAACUUCACCAUCAUCUUCACUCCAAGUCAAAGCCAAGACAUCAGCAAUGUGUCCGAUGCUCUGCUGCACUCCCUGAUGAACAGCACGAAGUACACUGUGGAUAAAGACAACACAGGCAUAAACGAUUUCGAUGAAUGUGCUUCAGGGGAAAAUGACUGUUCCCAGUGGGCUGAAUGUACAAACACCUGGGCGUCGUACACGUGUGCUUGUCGAGACGGAUUUACAGACAACUACCUUGAAAGACCUGGAAGAGCCUGUCAGGUGACCUCAACCUCUGGGACAAUUACUCCCACAGUGUUUUCUACAGCUAGCACCACCGCUUUCUCUCAAAUAACACCCACAACCGAUGGUCCAGUCACGCAAACAGCUGUCCCGGUUGUAACCGCUGGUCAAGCUGUCACCACUUCUACCACUGCAACCACCACUCCUGCACCUGCAACAGCCACUACUGCGCCUAUAACCACCAUUCCUGCACCUGCAACAGCCACUACUGCGCCUAUAACCACCACUACUGCACCUAUCACCACCACUACUGUCCUGACAACCACCACCACCACUGCUCCAGCAACCACCAAUACUGCCCCAACAACCACAACUACCACCACUACCCCAACAACCACAACUACCACCACUGCCCCAACAACCACCACCACCACUGCUCCAACAACCACUCCCCUGGUGACCACCACUACUGCCCUAACAACCACUACCACCACUGCCCCAGCAACAACUACUAUUACCCCAACCACCAGUACAGACCCACCAACAACUGUUACCGCUCCAGCGAUCAUUACCACUGUCUCUACAACCACCACCACUGCCCUGACAACCACCACUGCCCCUACAGCCACCACUACCAUCCCUGCAACCACUACGGCCCCUACAACCACCACUACCAUCCUUACAACCACCACUAUUCCCCCAAUCAUCACCACUCUUACAACCACCAAUACUCCAAUGACAUCUGUCCCUUCUACCCCUGCAACUGUCUCUACCAGCCUCACUUCCACCACGACAGCUCCCACAACCAAUGCCACCGCCCCAAGAACUGCUACCAAUACCUCGAUGACAGGGGCCAUCUCUGUCCAGUGCAGAGUUGCUUCCAUCACUGUGACAGUUGACAGAAAUUUUCUUCUGAGAACCAAUAUCAGGGAGAGUGCCCUGUAUCUGGGAUUGCCGCAAUGUGGUGUCAACGCGGGCAACGCCACCCAUGCCCAGCUGACCGUGGCCUGGAAUGAGUGCGCUACUAGUCUUGUCCAUAAUGAAACUCACUACACGGCAUCUGUAACCCUGUACAACAACAUGGAGCAGUACAUCUCACCCAGUGGAACAGUGGAGACGCCAAGGAUACGUCUGGAGGUUCCCAUCAUGUGUGCCUACACGAAGAACAUGGUCAUCUCGGCUGACUUUGGCUCCAUGGGGUAUGACAUGAUCAAAGACGGAAUCAUGGGCUUGGGGUCGUUCCAGGUGAGGGUGCAGCUCAUGAACGGUUCAAUGCCGCUACCCUACAACUACAGCUUGUCCCCAGAUGAGGCCGUGGUGGUGGAAGUCAGCCUCAACACCUCAUCAGACCAGAUCAAAGUGGUCAUCACCAAAUGCUGGGCGACUCCCACCCCAAACCCUGUCGACACCAUCAGCCACACCUUCAUAGAGAACAGCUGUUCCGUGAACCCGUACACCAAAGUGUUGAUGAACGGAAACUCCAGCAUAUCUCGUGUGUCUGUGCAGAUAUUUUCCUUCGUCAACCUGAAUGUGAUCUAUCUGCACUGCCAGGUUCAGAUCUGUGCAGAGAUCGGAUCAGACACCUGUGUGCCUGACUGUCGACAAAGAACCGCUCGGUCUUUCACCACACUCGGAAAUGGUUUUGGUUCUGCUGGACCUCUGAUGAGGUCAGAUGAUGAAGCCCUUGAAGACGGAUAUGACACACUUCAUAUAGUUGGAAUGGCCUGCCUUGGAGUCGGCCUGUCGCUCUUCUUCAUCAUUGGUUUCUUAUGCCUUUUCUACUACCAAAGGAACCGCAUUGGACACUACAACUUCAGCCCCAAACCCAAGCAGGAGAACUUCACCUACCUUGUCUUUAACACCUAAAGGUGCAGAGGCACCCACGAUUAAAGUCACAGAAUUGGAAAUGAUUGACAUCGUUGCAGCGGCAGAUACAUUUAGCAGGCUGUUACAGCUCAGCUGCCACAGAGUGGUGCUGUUGCACCAAUUUACAUAUUAGUCAUCCCUACAUAUUGCAAAUCUUUGCACAUUAAACAAUAUAUGAAGUACAGAUUAUAUUUAUAUUUUCCCUGCUCCUUGGCAAACAUUUAAGAUAAUGAAAUGAUUAAUUGGGUAACACUGUAAUAAUCGUCAUUGAUUGAUGGUAAAUUUAUAGUUAGUUAAACUUUAUUUUAUAGUUAUUUGAGUGUAAACAAACAAUGAAAUGCUUUAUAAACCAUUUGUUAGGCAUUUUUUAUUGUUAAGUUACAACUGAUGUUUGGUGCUUCUGGUUGUUCUGGUCAGUGAAUAAAUCUGUGUAAUUAUCUAUAAGCGUUAUUUGGAUGGCCAUUAUAGAGUUGAUGUAAUUAAAUUUUGCAAUUGUGUAAUGAAUGAUUGAUAAAGCAUUUCAUUGUAUGUAAACAGUCAAAUAACUAUUAACUAAUGUCUAAUUAGCUAUAAAUGUGCCGUUUAUGAAUGAUGGUUAUUAUACAGUUACUAGUAGUCGUACACUGGAAUGUCAAAUAUAGAGACAAAGAAUAUUUAAUGAAUUUAAUUUAAUGUUUAGCAUUAAAGAAUGAAUAGAUAUGACUUGUUUACAUUUUCAAAACUAUUGCAGUCUGGAAGUCUACAGGCGCUUGUAGAAACUUGAGACGUGAAAAUACAGGAGACAAAAUGUACCAAUCAAAUGUCAGAACAGCAGUUAUGGAGAAUAUUCGACCACAUGGUUCACGUAUAAAGUUGUGAUGUGAUGAGUUUGCACUAAACUAGCCUGUAAUGCUUUCUGUAAAUGGUUCAUGUUCACGUUGUCAAAAAAAACAACAAAAAACGCUUGGAAUAUACAAUAUGCACUACCGGCAAAGCACAGUUAUCACUUUAUUUUCUUUUAGCUGCUAUUUUUCUACAAAGACGUGUUUAUGUAUUUGUACCGUCCAAUCACACAUCUGAGAUAUUAACUCCUGUCCUGAGUUGUGCAAACUCUCUGUGCUGUUAAGUGGUGUGACAAUAAACACGUCCUGUGUGAAUGCAGACACCUGGGGUCGCUGCUGACACC